GGACUCCUCCUCCUCCUUCUUCUCCUCGUCCACGUUUGGAGCGGAGAUGAGCCAGCCCUAACCGCGCCUCUCCACCGCGGGCGGGCAGGUCAGAGGCGGCCGAUCCCUUUCCCCCCUCCGGGAAGAUGAAGGGCGCGGGGGGCAGAGAGGCGCCUUCCCCGGCGCCAUGGUGAGCCUAAGGCCGGCGGGGCGCGGGGUUCGCGGGCGAGGGGCCGUGGAGGGACUCCUCCGGCCGAAGACCAACGUAUGGGCCCCCUCGGCCCCGUCCUAAACUUUCCAGCGCCUCCCUGAAGCGGGGGGGGUGGGGUGGGAGGAGACUUCCCAAGAAACUUCCCAAGAGGAGCGAGAGCCCUCCCUCUGUCCUCUAUCCACCUCCGUGCUCGCCCGGCUCGAUCGCCGACGCCGUUCGGCCGCCCCUCCCCAGAAAGGCACCGGUGGGCCGGUCACCCCCCGGCCUUUGGGGGAAAGUUGACAACAUGGCUUCUCCUCCUCCUCCUCCUCCUCCUCCUCACCGGCAGCUGCUGCAUCACCACGGCACCGAGGUGAGCUGUGACUCCAGCGGCGACGGCAGCAGCGUGCGAGUGAAAAUCCAGCCCCGGCAGCCUCCCCCCGGCUCCUCCGCCAACAGCCACCCCAAACACUGCAAGUACAGCAUCUCCUCCAGCUGCAGCAGCUCGGGGGACUCGGGAGGGCUGCCCAGGCCGGCCGGAGCCCGAGGCCGGGGCCCCCGCCGGCAGAAGAAGCUGCCCCAGCUCUUCGAGCGGGCCUCCGGCCGGUGGUGGGACCCCCGGUUCGACUCCCCCAACCUGGAGGAGGCCUGCAUGGAGAGGUGCUUCCCGCAGACCCAGCGCCGGUUCCGCUACGCCCUCUUCUACCUCGGCGCCGCCUGCCUCCUCUGGGGCGUCUACUUCGGCGUCCACGGGACAUCGCACCUGGUGGCCUUGGCCGUGCCGGCCCUGGCCUUCCUCGUGGUGUGCGUGUGCUUCUUCCUCUUCACCUUCACCGAGCUUUACGCCCGGCAUUACGUGGGGACCUCGCUGAGCCUCACCCUGCUGGUCUUCGCCCUGACUCUGGCCUCCCAGUUCCAGGGGGUGACGCCUCGCUGGGGAGGAGAGGACAGGGCCAACCAGACCACCGCCCCGGCCCCACCCGCCCAUCCCUGCCUCUCCCAGGUGGGCAGCUUUUCCAUGUGCGUCGAGGUCCUCCUGUUGCUCUACACCGUCAUGCACCUGCCCCUGUAUUUGAGCCUGCUGAUGGGCGCCACCUACUCCGUCCUCUUCGAGGCCUUCGGCUUUCACUUCCGAGACCGGGACUGCUACCAGGCGUUGGCCGCCCGGGCGGUGCGCUGGGAGCUGCUGAGUAAGGCCCUGCUCCACGUCUGCAUCCACGCCGUCGGCAUCCACCUGUUCGUCAUGUCCGAAGUCCGGUCGAGGAGCACGUUCCUCAAGGUGGGACAGUCGAUCAUGCACGGGAAGGACUUGGAAGUGGAGAAGGCCCUGAAGGAGAGGAUGAUCCACUCCGUGAUGCCCAGGAUCAUAGCCGACGACCUGAUGAGGCCGGGCGACGACGACAGCGAGAACUCCGUCAGACGCCACUCCGCCUCCAGCCCCAAGAACAGGAAGAAGAAAUCCUCCAUUCAGAAGACCCCCAUAAUAUUCCGCCCCUUCAAAAUGCAGCAGAUCGAAGAAGUGAGCAUCUUGUUCGCCGACAUCGUCGGCUUCACCAAGAUGAGCGCCAACAAGUCCGCCCACGCCCUCGUGGGCCUCCUGAAUGAUCUCUUCGGGCGUUUUGACCGCUUGUGCGAAGAGACCAAGUGCGAGAAGAUAAGUACCUUGGGGGACUGUUACUACUGCGUGGCCGGCUGUCCGGAACCCAGGGCGGACCACGCCUACUGCUGCAUCGAAAUGGGCCUGGGCAUGAUCAAGGCCAUCGAGCAGUUUUGCCAGGAAAAGAAAGAAAUGGUGAACAUGCGGGUUGGGGUGCACACCGGGACCGUCCUCUGUGGCAUCCUGGGCAUGAGGAGGUUUAAAUUCGACGUCUGGUCAAACGAUGUCAAUCUAGCCAAUCUCAUGGAGCAGCUGGGAGUGGCCGGCAAGGUUCAUAUAUCGGAAGCGACGGCCAAGUAUUUGGACGAGCGUUACGAGAUGGAGGAUGGGAAAGUUCUCGAGCGGGUUGGCCAGAGCGUCGUUGCUGACCAGUUGAAAGGUUUGAAGACAUACCUGAUUUCAGGUCAGAAAGUGAAGGAACCACAAUGCAGCUGUUCAGAGACAGUAGUCGCUGGCUUGGAGGCAGGUGCCGGGUCGAGAUUAUCUUCAGGCCCUACGGUCCAGGUCCCAGUGUCUCCAGAGAGUACGGAUGAUUUGACGCAGACCACCAAAGCCUUGGAGAAAACUAAGGUUCAUGGAAAGGAACACGGAGAAGGUGACACAAAGGCAACAACAGAGUCAUUCUCAGGUGAAGAAGGAACAACCUGGAUUCAAAUCAGUGAGACAUGUCCCUCAUGCGGAGUGGCGUUUACUCCCAACUCUGAAAUCAGUGCUGAGGAAACAGCAGUUCAAAAUGGCUGUCAGGAAGAGCAUAAAAACAAUGCAAAGCAGACUUCUGAAGGACACAGUCCAAAGGCCCAAAAUGGACUUUUAAGUCCACCGCAAGACGAGAAAUUGACCAACAGCCAGACAUCACUGUAUGAAAUGUUACAGGAGAAAGGAAGAUGGGCAGGAGUGAGCUUGGAUCAAUCAGCUCUCCUUCCACUGAGAUUCAAAAAUAUCCGGGAAAAGACAGAUGCCCAUUUUGUCGAUGUUAUUAAAGAAGACAGCCUGAUGAAGGACUAUUUCUUUAAACCUCCCAUUAAUAAAUUGAGCUUGAACUUCCUGGAUCGUGAUCUAGAGAUAACAUACAGAACCAGCUAUCAAGAAGAGGUUAUAAAGAAUUCUCCUGUGAAGACGUUCGCCAGUGCUACCUUCAGUUCCCUCCUGGAUGUGUUCCUGUCUACAACUAUUUUCCUAAUCCUCUCCAUUACCUGCUUCUUGAAGCACGGAACGGCUUCUUUAUCGCCUCCACCAGCUGCGGUCGGGGUUUUCAUCAUCGCCAUCCUGUUGGAAGUGCUGUCUCUUAUCGUCUCAAUUAGAAUGGCAUUUUUCCUGGAAGAGGUAAUGAUUUGUACUAAACGGCUCCUGGAGGUGAUAGCUGGUUGGCUUCCUCGGCAUUUUAUUGGCGCCAUCCUGGUUUCACUCCCCGCUCUUGCCGUCUUUUCACAUUUCACCGCCGACAUUGAAACAAACAAGCAUUAUACCAUGUUCAUGUGCUCUGCCAUCCUGAUCACCAUUGUGCAGUAUUGUAACUUUUGCCAGCUAAGCUCCUGGAUGAGGUCCUCCUUAGCCACCAUUGUGGGAACGGUGCUUCUCAUCAUACUCUACGUCUCGGUCUGUCCCGACAGGUCCAUGGAAAUUUCAUAUCUAGAUGCAGUGCAAAAUAUCAGUUCCAGGAAGAAUCCAUGCAACAGUUCUCUGCCAAGUAGCAGCUGGAGACCGGGCGCGAUCGAACAGGAGGCGAUACUCGUUUUCUUUCUCCUACUUCUACUGGUCUGGUUCCUGAAUCGAGAGUUCGAAGUCAGUUACCGUCUCCACUAUCAUGGGGACGUAGAAGCCGAUCUUCACCGCACCAAAAUCCAGAGCAUGAGAGACCAGGCUGACUGGUUGCUGAGAAACAUUAUUCCCUAUCACGUGGCAGAGCAGUUGAAAGUUUCUCAGAGCUACUCCAAAAACCACGAUAACGGAGGGGUCAUCUUUGCCAGCAUAGUCAACUUCAGCGAGUUUUACGAAGAGAAUUAUGAGGGAGGCAAGGAGUGCUACCGAGUCCUCAAUGAACUGAUAGGUGAUUUUGACGAGCUGCUGAGCAAGUCCGAUUACAGCAGCAUCGAGAAGAUCAAAACCAUCGGGGCAACUUACAUGGCAGCCUCCGGCUUGAAUACCUCCCAGUGUCAAGACAGCGACCAUCCCCAUGGACAUUUGCGGACCCUUUUUGAAUUUGCCAAAGAAAUGAUGCGUGUUGUGGAUGACUUCAACAACAACAUGCUGUGGUUUAACUUCAAGCUUAGGAUUGGCUUUAACCACGGCCCCCUCACCGCUGGAGUAAUCGGCACCACCAAGUUGUUGUAUGACAUCUGGGGGGACACGGUAAACAUCGCAAGCAGGAUGGACACUACCGGGGUGGAAUGCCGCAUUCAGGUGAGUGAAGAGAGCUACCGGAUCCUAAACAAGAUGGGCUACGACUUUGACUAUAGGGGGACGGUAAAUGUGAAGGGGAAAGGUCAGAUGAAGACCUACCUUUACCCAAAAUGCAAUGACAAUGGGAUCGUGCCCCAUCACCAGUUGUCUAUAUCUCCAGACAUCCGCGUGCAGGUAGACGGCAGCAUCGGACGGUCUCCUACAGACGAGAUUGCCAACCUGGUGCCUUCCGUACAGAAUUCCGACAAGACAUCUCACGGCUCUGAAAAUAACACAGAGGCCAGGGACAUCCACCUCUCCUCCAAGAGGCUCCGGAGAGAUCCCGGAAAGGCCGAAGAAAGGUGCCGGUUUGGCAAAGCCACCGAGAAGCCUGACUGCGGAGAAAGGGGGACCGAGGAAGCCAACGAGCUAACCAAACUGAACAUUUCAAAGAGUGUAUGAUGCAGCAGCCGAGAGCUGCGUGAGGUGCUCUGUCCAUAGCGACAUUUGCGAUUGGCUGUUUUCUUUUCAAGAGAAACAUUUUCAGGACCCAGGUUGUAUAGUCUGUUGUCAUUUGAAGCCCCAGAGGGCUGUCGAGCACAGUUAUUCAGGGUUCGUUUUCAUCCAUCUCUCUCCCCUCUUCCUGCUCCCCUAAAGCACCCAUUUCUUUAGCGUAACUCUCUUUCAGAUGUGUGGGGGAUAACAAGUGCCUUCAGGAAUAGUCCACGGCCUUUCAGUCCGAGUCCAGAGGCCUCUGGUGAAAUCGUGGCUUUAGGUACCAAUCGAAUCUUCAAGCAAAAGCUGUGGUUUGCGAUCAUUUUUAUUGUUGUUUCUCACAAGACACUCUUUUUUGGCUGAUCUUCAGGAUUUGGUUUUCUUUUUUUGUACAUAUAAUAUAGCAUUUUACAGUUAUCAGACCUUUCUAUGUAAACACUUAAAUACCUGUGUUUGGGAAACUGAUAGAAAAGUGCCAGGAUUCUACCGAAAGGGAAUGUGAAAGGGGAAGGGGGAUGGGCGGAGUUUUGCUUUGGGAUACGUUAAGGAAGGAGUCACGUUCCACUCUGUGCGACUCGACCAGGAGAUUAAAGCCUCCGUUAGAGCUGUCCCAGGUCCACCUCCUUUCCCAGUGCUCCGAUCCAGCAAGUGUGCCAUUUCUGUGCUCUGCAUGCCCUGCUUCCCUUACUUCAAGUGGUUUAAAACAGUUCAGACUUCACCAGUCUUGAGAUUCAAAAGGUGAACAAGAAAAGUGUCUUCAGUCUGGGCCUCAGGAAUUUAGAAGCCAUCCUCAUUUUGUUCCUUCUCCUGAGGGAUUUUCAAGCUUGGGGUCAAGUUGGUGUCUUUGAAGCUGGCCUGUUUGAGAGAAAACACUUAAAACUGAAUAUUUUGGUAUCACAUCUAUUUAUUUAUUUAUUGUUCGAUAAGUGUGUCUGAGGGGUUUUAUUGCUUUCGGUAGAGAGAAAUAGGAUUUGUAGGGUUUAGUAGUGGACGUAAUGAAGCAGUAAUAAGGUGUCCGUUGAUAUUUCAGCCACUUCAAGCAAUCAACCACUGUGAGGAUGUUAGUAUUUGUAUGAAGACUGGUGUGAACGUCAGUCAUCAAAAUGCAGAGUGUGUGUGAAAAACCCCAGCUUUUCCUUUGGGUAUAAAACGCCAGUGUUACCCAGUGUUCUGCAAGGUCAUGAGGCAGGGUUUGGGACUGAAAUUCUUCCUGUUUCAUUCUAAGAAGAACUCGUAUCAUUACCUGAGAAGCACAAAAAAAAGAUAAGACACUGCUAACGUUUCUUUAGCAAGCUUCCACAGAUAUAAACCGUUUCUUCUUUCUGGUUUUGGGCUAAGGACCCAUUUGGGGUACUCUGUGUUCUCGUAAGAUGGUUCCACCUUAUUUAGAGAGAAAGCUGUCUUGCACUGUAGUCAGACAGAAAAAAAUAUACAAUAAUCUCUGCUGAAACGAGUUUGUCCGUUUACGGGAAAUGAUAACCUAUGGGAAUUUCAUUGGUUUCUCUUUGCGCUGGGUCAUGAAUUGUAAUGAUUUUCUUCCCUCUUAAUUUCUAAAACUCAGAAUUGAAGCCUGAAGAUGAUUCUGCUACGAUCAUUGGUAAUAUGAUGCUAGAGCACAGGUCCCAAAAUUAUUAGAGAGAAAAGUGCCGGUACCUCGUAUACGUUUUUCUCUUGCGGACAUAGAUCUUCCUGUCUUUCUCCUUUCUUUUAAAUGGAGUUCCUCUGAAAUUCUUGUUUCUCAUGAAUGCAGUUUUUGCAGCACCAAUAACGGUCAUAAAGGAUGCGAGGAAAGUCAUUCAUUAGUAUGUUUGUUUCAGAAUAUUCAUGCCAUUGAGCAACAUUUGCAAAUUUUACAACUGUAAAAAUUUCCUUCUGUUUUGAUCUUUUCAGUAGGUCUUCCAUUGUUCCAGGAAGUGUAGUUGGACAAAUUCCUCUGACCUUCAAAGAAUGUAUUACAAAGAAAAUCUAUAGAACUUUUUGUUACCUCCAGAAACACUAACCGAAGCUCUCCUUAUAUCUAAAAAUGUUCACCAUUUAGAAUUUGGCAUUGUUCUGCUGAAUAUUUUAAUCCCUUUUUUCUUUCCUCCACUCAUUUCACUUUGAGGCUUUCAGUAAUGCCCCAGGGUUAAAGCUGUUGAUUGCUGAAUUGGGUUCUGUGAUUUUUCUCAUCUUCCCAUUAAGUACAAGGUAAUAUAGCUCCUGUUGGGCUUUGGUCAUGUGAGACUUACAAUUGAUUUCCUUUUCCUGUAACUGGGCUGUCUAAAUAUUCUCAAGAAAUCAAUAACCUGCAAACAGAAUAAAGGAUUAUACAGAUUUAGACAUCUGAGUCAGUUUAGUACAAACAAGGUUUAAAAUGAAGGAAGAUUUCCUAUUGGAUACAGUGAUGCUGUCUGCAAGCAGAACCUGACUGAGCCUAAUAAAUAAAUGGCCAGGGUGAUUGGUCCUUUAAUGAUGCUAAACAAAUUUGAUCCCUUCCCUCACCAUCACAUCACUCACUUUCGUACCACAGAAUCGACAGGAAAAUGGUAUAACUCUGAUCAUUUUGGCAUUAAGCAAAUCAUGAUUGAAGACAGACAUUUCUCAGCUUUGAGCUCAAAUUCUACCAUCUGGUCUUAAAAUGAAUUUGCCCUGCAAAGUAGUAAAUACCCUGUGCGUUUAGGAAGUGAUAUUUGAUUUUAGAAUUGAAUGUGCACAAAUAGUAUUUUGUGGUUGCAAUUGAUAUUUAUUGAUACCAGUUAAAGGAGACUAUUAAAAGCAAAAAAAAAAAGAAAAAAGUUAACUGGACCCAGUGCAAACAGAUGCUGGGUCCUUUAGUUUUAAGUACUUGAUACUCUUUUAUGCAAUUCAAAACUCAGCUAUAAAACAGCAAAUAGUUUAAAUAUCUGUAGUGAUUAAAAAGAAGCAUAUGUGGAUAAUUCCAAUCGUCGUGUGCUGAAACGCAUGUCAGAACAUGACUCAAAGCCAAAAAAGCAGUAUAUUUGUACAUUAAUUACUUAGUUGGUGAUGAGGUUUGUCAUUGAUAAAAAGCCUCUGUGUUUGCGUUGUUGAUUCUUUGGGGGGGGGAGCAACUUUGAAGAAACACUGUUUCAAAAGUAAUAUUGUACCCUAAAUUUGAAAUGCAAUGCACAAAAACAAACUCUGCCUUGUAUGCUUGUUUUUUUCAUUUUGGUCUGUUAUUGAAAAUUGCCGAUGCUGAUCAUCUCAGAAAUCAUACGUCAAAGAAAUGGUCAUCAAAAUGCUCUUGACAUAUAAUAUUAAACUCUUAAUAUUCACUCACUGAAGAGAUUGGUGCUAUUAUAGUGAUUAGGUAAGAGAAACGUAUCUUGGAAAAAUCCGCAGCACUUCUAAAACCUGUGGAAACAGUUUUCACCUCGUUAUUUUGAAAAAAAAAAAUCUGUCUUUGUUGGGUUCUUUUAUGGAUAUAUUUGCCUCAGUUGAUAUAUUGGUAAUGGCUUAUUUGCUGUUAUGCUGAGUUUUUUCCAACAUAAUUUAGUAAUAAUGCUACACUCCUAAAAGUCUGGGUUGUGACAUUUAUCUUCCGUUCUUGGACCUCAAAGUUAGUUUCCUUGGACCAUUAGUUGCCUUAGAAAACCAGUGAGGCUUUCUGGUAUUUAAACAUGAGAAGAGAUAGUCCAAUAGGAGUCACACCACUCUGGGUCAACAGUUGGAGCCCAGUGCAAUCCACCCAAAUGGCAGUUUUGCUUAUUUUUAGUCGUCCCCAUGGGCACCAAAUACAGUUAUUCCUUCACUUUUUCACAGUUACUUUAGCUGCAGCAAUGCUAGUUUUCACAAGUUUUCCAAAGCCCCAGUCUUCCAGAAUGGCUCUACGCCUUCACAAAGCUAAUUUCCCCCUGUCCACCCUCAAUCAUAAAACUAGCUCCAAAUGUUCAACAGUUCAGAACAUCCGACAUUGUUCCAACGGGCUGAUUUUUAGUGUGAGCCUAACUUCUCUUGUCUUUUCUUGCUUUCCAUCACCACCCCCAGCUCUACCCCUACCCAUUUUCUCCAUUGUUUUUAAUCAAUCGCCGUUUCUAAAUCUGACUGCCCCAUUUUCCCAGAUAUCCCUACAGAGGCCAACUAUAUGUUCUGCUCUUCCCUCGCCACCGGUCAUUUAACAGCUAGUACAGUACUAGGCACUUGUGGGAAUUCAGUAAAUACUUGCUAAUGAUCAUCUUCCAGUUGCCCUGUGGCUUCUGGCCUCCCUCUGAAUCCUGAAAGAUUUGUUUUUGAAAGAUGGCUUCUUUGAACUGUAUCAAAUCAGCCCUAUCUUUUACUGACUUCAAGUGCAGUUGAUAGAUUUGGAAUCUCCUUUUCUCUUCUCUCUGAGUUUACAGGAUGGGAGAGACUAGGAGAAAAAGACCUGAGAACAUUAGGAAAGGAAACAUAAGGAAGCCUAGGAUUUUAAUAAGUAUCAAUUUUUUGUUAGUGUUCCCUACCUUCUAUUUAACCACAAAUUAGUUUUCCAAGUUGCCUGGAUUCCGUGAGCCUGUGAGUUUUCUUCCUGAUGAAAAUCCAUGAGAUGCAGAGACAAAACAAAGGCAGUUAAUUCACAAGAGUAGAUCAAAAGAUGUGAGCAGCAGCAAAAAAAAAAAAAAAAAAAGGAUGUCAACAUAAGUGACAGUUUUUGUGUAAACACCCUGAGGUAGGUCAGCACUGUAGGGCAUUGGAUUUUUUGGCCACAUUCGGAUCCAUAGGUGAAUUUCAGUCAGGGGUGUCUCUGAGUACAAAGGACAACUCUAAUUGUAAGAAUUAAGAAAGGCUACAUAUAUGUAUUUCAAAGUCAAUUGUGAAUGAAUUUGGAUUCUUCACGAUAUCUCAAUAGAUAAAAUUUAUUUGUAAGAAGUUUGCGAGCUCACUUGUUUUUAAAAUGUUCUUCUUUACUUUUGGAAUGAUUUGGAAUGACAGGGAGAAUUCUGACAUAAUGCUGGAUCUAAUUCAUUUUCUAAUGAUGAAUCACUUUGUGAUAACCCCGUGGCCAGCAAUUCAUGAGUAAUGGCAGCAUGGCUUCUUGACCCUUCCCUCUCCAUUUCUGGGCUGAAAAUUUUGAAAAGGAAAUAUAUCCUUUUGGACUAAUCUGGUGUACGAUUGUUGCUGAAAAAUGCCUACGGGACUUACACAUUUGGAAAACUCAAAAGGAAGACCCACUAAUUAAGUAUUCAGCAAAUAAAUCCAAAAAGAACAUAUGCUAAAGCUAGGAUACCUAAUCAUUUCAGAAGCUAUUUACCGUGUAAAUUCAAUGCAGGGGAGUGUGAAUGAAAUUUGUUUGUAAUCUGUUUUCACAUAUGAAAUGUAUUUAUUGUUAUUUAUAUAGCACCUGUCUUCUGAAGAGCACAAGAGCCUACCCCUCUCCUAUUCCUUCUUAUAACCCACAGAGAUAGGUAGAGGCAGGCACUGAUAUUUCCAUUUUACAUUUGGUGAAACUGAAGCACAGGGCAGUGCCCAAUAUUACCAGUCAGUGGCAGAGAGGGGCCUCCUAGUUCCCUAUCUGUUCUUCCUUCCACUAGAUUACCUUCUUGUUCUGAAAGUCAUAAGACAAACAAAUCCAAGAAACCCUCAGUCUCAAUCGUGACACCCCGAUCUUUCCACGACCCAGCUGAUGUAUGGAGUAAGAUUGCUUGAACCAAAAUCCCAGCCAGUGAUAGAAAUCAGGAAAGGUAAAAUGAGUUUUCAUUCUUUUUCUUUUAAGAGCUGUGCCUUUGAUCUCCUGAAAUCACAACUAGAGACCGCAACUAGGAAAUACAUGGAAUAUUUAAAUUAUUUUAUUAUUUCAUUGGAAACUUCGAAAAAAAUCUAGAAUUGUUAGAGCUGAAGUUAUGGUGAACUAUAUUUAUAUGUAUAUAUGUGCGUAUAUAUAUGUAUAUAUAUGUGUGUGUAUACAUAUAUAUAUAUGUACAUAUAUAAAUUGGUGUCCAUGGACUCAAGAAACUAUACAUCAGGUCAAAGUUCUUCUGAGGGAGGAGUACUAAAUUUAGUCAAUAAAAUCUAGUGGAAAUUUAGUAUCGAUUUUCUUCUGGAAAAGAGAUGGAGAGAGUGAAGGCCUUGCCCCUUUAACAGAAGCCUUAACUAAAUUGCUUAUGGCAGAACUGGUACUAACUUGGUUGUCCUGUUUUCAGUCAGGAAUGAAUGGGGGAAACAGAAAGUUUCCUGGAAUGGGAAUUUUGAAGAAAAUCAUGGUGUUUUUAACUUUGGGUGUGAUUCUUCAAUUAACGAAGACUUAUCUGUUCAAAAAGAAUAGUGGAAGUAAAGUGAGUCUUCUCAUGUAAGGAAGCAAACCGUUGUAUAUGGACCCUGUCCAUUUUGAGGAUAGGAAUACAUUCUUCAUUAUUUAAGUACUUGCCAAAGUGAUAGUCUCUAUGAGAUAUCCUGCGGAUUUAAAGAAUCCCCAAAUACCUAUUGCAGAAAUUCAAGACAUAUUAAGAAGGUUCAUAUUUAGCUUCCAAGUGGGGUUAAAUAUUGGUUCUGACUUCCUAGAUCCAUUUGUUUCAUGUCGUAGCAUCUAACAUUUUUAGAGUCACGAUCCAGUGCUUUCAGCAGCUUCCGAUGAUAGUUUUGAGACGUACAUUUAGAAAUGAGUAUUCUGGAAGUUGUAUUUAAAAUGACAGAACUGAAGACCUGAAAAUUGCUUGAAAUCCCCUCUUAUUUCUCAGAUAUGAUUUGAAACGAUCAUUUUGCCUGAGGUAUUGAAACAGCCUUGGAGAGAGAACUAAAUCUUUGGAGAGAACCAAAUAGGGAUGGAGUGAAUAACUACACAGUUCCAACUCCGCCAUUGCUUUGGAAGAGUAUUAGAUACUCCAGAGAACUGCAACGAUGAAAAUGUGGUAGGCUUCUUUAGUCUCACCUAGAACACUUCUCUCCCAGCAGUGUCCAUAGCAAUACCUCCUGCAGUACCUCUGCAGGUUCGUCUCUUAAAAGUUCCUAACAGUGCCAACUUCUCCCUCAGAUACAUGCACUAGUUCAGCACUGCAAGGUCGCUGAAAAAUAUUCCCUCCCUUGCUCUCUUCUUCCGCUAAAAUGCCAACACUCCAGGAAUGUAAGGCCAUUCUACUCUGGGAACAAUGUGAGGCCCUUAUGUUAAGGUACAGCUUUAAACUUAGACAGUAAUAAGACAUACCUACAUAAGUAAUAAAUAGAAAAGCAGAGCCUUAAUCGUUCCACACACGGGCAUGAAGAAAAGCCGGUGUCGCAUUCAUUGUUAGAAAAAGGUAGGAUUUUAGAAUCUGUUUACUAUUUUUUUAGUAGUUUGUCAUGACUCAAACCUCAGGUUGUUUCAGGUGAAGUUUUUUUUAAUGAGUCAGGAUGGCCAUCGAAGCCGUACUUUAUAAAUUCAGACGCAGUUAUCCUGUCUUCUGUCUUUCUGUUUUUCUUUCCGGAAAGUACUGCACAUAUGGUAUAUAAUACUCUGUAGAUGCUCUCACUGUGUAUAAAAGCCCAUCAGGAAAGUUUGGGUGUCUACUGUUGUAGAGCUACGGUUAGCAGCAUGUUACAGCCACAUACAUUCUGAGGGUGUCCAGGCUAGAGAGAUUCCACAUCGUGUAUUCAUAAUGAAAUGCAUACAGGAGUAUUAAGAGAAGUGUAGCUGUGUAUUAGAAAAUGAUUCAUUUCAGAAGUAAUUGGGUUUUUUCCCCCUCCCCAUUUCCUAGAUAGCAUGGCAAAUGCUGCCUUGCCUCAACCCCUCAGUCCAAUAAUCACUUUACAUCUUUACCUCUUCUCCCCUUUGCAAAAGGAUGGAAGAAUCUGUUUACAAACACUGCUGAGGGGAAAAUCGGAGGCCUCGGCUUUGUCAUUUAGCUGGUGGAAGAAGUUUCUGUUCAGCGGCCUAAUUGUAAAUAGUUAUGCAUCUGCUUCGUCGAUGAUGACAAAAACCUGAAAAAGUUGUAUCUGUGAAAUAUUAAGCUAUACGUGUACAUAGAUAAAAACACAUUAUCUUUGAUUCAUUACUAUGGAACUUGUAAUCAAUUGUAUAUUCAAAUGUUUGAUUGUAUCGGAGAACGUUCACCCUAUAAAUGUAGAAAGCUGGGAAAGUAACUCAAAAUACAGUGUAUCAACAUGAAA